AGGCGAGUCACCGGACAGCUGGGGGCGGCGGGGGGGUGGGAGGGGGAAAUCCAGGCGCUAACAGAGGAGCCCUGAGCCAUUCGGACUGGUUUCAAUAAUAAAUAAUAAAACCAAAACCCGGAGGACUUAACGCUGUUAUGGGAGACAAGAAGAGUCCCACCAGACCCAAAAGGCAGCCGAAGCCUUCCACGGACGAGGGAUACUGGGAUUGUAGCGUUUGUACGUACAGGAACAGCGCAGAGGCUUUCAAAUGCAGUAUGUGUGAUGUCAGGAAGGGCACUUCAACACGGAAGCCUCGCCCAGUGUCUCAGUUGGUUGCCCAGCAAGUAACCCAACAAUUUGCAUCUCCCACGCAACCAAAGAAAGAGAAAAAGGACAAGGGAGAGAAGGAGAAAACGGAGAAAGAAGUUGUCAGUAAAAAGAAAAGUCACAAGAAAAUAAGGCCAAGGUUAAAAAACGUGGACCGGAGCAGUGCACAGCAUUUGGAAGUGACUGUGGGCGAUCUGACCGUCAUUAUCACGGACUUUAAGGAGAAAGUGAGGUCGGCGCCGGCGGCCACCGCGACCUCCAGCUCCACGGCCGAGCAGCACAGCCUGAGCAGUUCGAGCUCUGACAACACAGAGAAAGGCUUGUCCCGGUCAUCGUCGCCUAGGGGUGACGGAUCAGUCAAUGGUGAAUCCCACUAAAGCACCCGCUGACCUGCUCUUCACCACUCCUGCGCUCAAUGGUUCAGUGGACAGCAUCUCUACCAGUUCAGUCCUGGGCACUCAACGUUUCAGUGGGCAAGUCGGCCUGCCUUCAGUUCAGUUUUCAGUGCUUUUUUUUUUAAAUAAUUCCGCAACCAAUCUGGAACUCCUGCACUGUGGCAUGUUUUUGAGUGUAAUUUUCUAUACCUUAGAUUGGGCUGCCUAUGUGAUGUGUUUAAGGACUGAAUUCUGAAAUACUUGGCUUCUGGCAUUCAGAAGUCAAUUGACAGUCGACUGUUUCAGCAACUAAACAAUGUCUGGAAAUGGUUUGCCUGGUUAAGUGCACCUGCUUGUUCUUGGUGUGAGCAAAUAGGAAAAACAUUCUCAAAAACAUUUCUAUAAAUUCUUGCCAACAUCUUGCUUUCCAACACUUGUUAUUUGGAUGGGGGAAAAAUCACUUAGCCAUUAAAAACCACGGCAUUAUAAACACCCUCUGUCAUUCAUUGCAGUAACUUACAGUUUCACGAUGUGGUGCUGGGCUAAUUGACCAGGGUUGACUGAGGUUACAGUCCAUGCUACUUAAGGGCAGCCACUCAGUUAAAGAAUCGAGUUGCUGCCGCAUUUAAGAGGGCAGUCGUUUUGACGCCAUGUCCAACUGGGGAGGGGCACAGGUGCGUAACAUACGUCACCAUGUGCUUCACGCAGUUCCUCUCAGCUGGGUGCUCGCUGCCUCACACAGAAGGCAAAGCAAAACAAGAAAAAUGCUAAUAACUAGAUGCUUAGUAUGUCUAAAAGUAGUUUUAUGAAAUGUGUGGGAAUAGUUUAUGAUGAUGUUGCCAGUUCUGAAAACUUCAAUUAAAGUGUUUUGCUGAUGUUUUGAAUUUGCGACAGUAUUUAUACGUAUUGUUGUAAUAAAAAAAUAUGCAAGAUUACAUUCUACCUUGGGAGCUCGAUUACUUCUGCCUUCUGUGGGAACUGUUACUGCCAAAACCAAGGCUCUCUGGAGAGCUCUGUGUUGAAACAUUCAUAAAGGUGGCUGAAAGAUUAACUAAAAUUUGUUGGAUUUGCUCUCUGAAGCUUAAUUAGUACUGUUUUUCAACCCAGACCUUUUAUGCAUCUCUCCUUAUAGAAACGAUACAAGGAAAAUACCUCACAGUGAUCAGAAAAAUGAAAAUGUUGCAGCAGAUAAAAAUUUAACUAAUUCUUAAGUUUAAUCUUAAAUUGCAUCUCUUUCCAGUAGGCAACUGCCUUUGUUUGAAAAGUAAAAUUAAAUAAUAAGAGUUAGUGGGUGAUAGAGUAAGGAAGGCCAAGCAGAUGAUGUGUGAUGUCAGACACCUGUCCAAUCUGAGAGGCAAUGAGUGGCGUAGAUUGUAUUUUCAGGUGUAGGUCUUUGAUACGGAUAUCAAAUUAUAGAUUGUUUUACAUGAUGAGAUUUUUAUAUCCUUUCAGGAAAAACUCGGUGUUCAUGCUGAUAUGUGUAGUGUUUGGUAUAUAUUUGAUUUUAUCGGAAAAGCAACUCACAAUUAAA